AUGGGACCGAAAAAGGUAGCAGCUUAUGGGGCCAUUUCCAAUAAUGUCGAGGAUCUGAGGUCACAACUAGCUUCCAUUACUGAGAAAUAUGAAAAACAACAAGAUCUAAUUAUGCGUUUAACUAGAUCUGUUGAAAUACUUACAAAGGUCAACGAAGAACUUAAGGAUGAUAUUAAAUUGAAACUGAAC